CACACUCACCUCCUUAUCCACAACCACAGCCCCGCCAGGUCCCGCCGACAGCCGCUAAACUAUUAAACUCCCAGCGCGGCUUCCACAGCGCUGCCACCAACCGCCGGCUCCUCACCUGCCCGCGCCCUGCGCUCCAUUGAAGGGCCGCCCCGCCUCCCCGAGCGGCCUAACCCCGCCCCCACCCUGCCCGCCGCACUUCCGGGGGCGCCACAUAAGUCCUGAGAGAGCGGGGGAGACUGCGGGCGGGCCGCCAUUCUGCGCGGACAGCACAUGCAAAGGAAGAUGCCAUUGUUCGGAAAUUAUAAAGUAUAUGUUGACAAAACCAAUGUUGUGUAUGACAAAAUGGUGUGUCAAGUGGUGUUUGUGAUUGCCCGUGUUGAUGGUGGAAUGGAACAUCUCUCCUCUGAGGGCAGGCUGAGAGAGGUUAGCAAUGGUCCGUAGUGGAAAAAAUGGUGGACUCCACCUGAAACAGAUUGCGUACUACAAAAGAACAGGGGAGUACCACCCCACAACAUUAUCAAGUGAAAGAAGUGGAAUCAGAAGAGCAGCCAAAAAAUUUAUUUUCAAAGAAAAUAAACUGUUCUAUGUUGGAAAAGACAGAAAACAAAUGCGCCUUGUAAUUGUUUCAGAUGAAGAAAAGAAGAAGGUGCUUCAGAAGUGCCAUGAAAAUGCUGCAGGCACUCAUCAUGGCAUAUCAAGGACACUGACUUUAGUGGAAUCUAAUUACUACUGGACCUCUGUAACAAAUGAUGUCAAACAGUGGGUGUAUGCAUGUCAGCAGUGCCAAGUAGCAAAGAGUACAACCACCACCACAAUCAAACCGUAUCCUAUCAAAGCAGAAGACCCCUGGACAGCAGUCACUGUAGCCUUAAUGGGACCAUUUAUUGCUACCAAAAGAAGCCACAAGUAUGUCAUAAUCAUGAUAGAUUUGUUCACAAAAUGGACUGUCAUCUUGCCUCUGCAUGAUACCUCAGCAGCAGAAAUCGCUAAGGCAAUCAUCAGUGUGUUUUUCCUAUAUGGACCCCCUCAAAAAAUGCCAAUUGACCAAGGGAAGGAGCUUGUUCAUCAGAUAAACAAAGAGCUAUUUGCACUAUUUGGAAUGAAACAAAUAGUAUUGUCUUAUCCUCAAGCCGAUGAAGUAAUUGAAAGAGCAUGCAAGACAGUCAAAGCUUUCCUUAACAAAUACUGCACAGAUCAUCCAAACGAUUGGGAUGAACAUUUGUCUGCUAUAGCCUAUGCUUUCAAUUUGACUAAUUUGGAGACAGAUCAAAACACCCCUUAUUUCCAGAUGUUUAAUCGUAACCCGUAUGUUGUUGAUCCAAUGAACACAAGUGUGGAAGGAGAAGAUAGUAUGUUUGCGAAAAUAUUUGAAGCAACUAGAGGAGCCAGUCAAGCACUUGAAGAAGAGAAAACCUCGGAUGGCCAGAUGGAGAAAACCACUUUGGAUGAACAGAAACCUAGAAAUAAAGUCAAUGUCAAAAGGAAACCAAAGCAAUUAAAUACCCUUCGACUUAAAGUUGGUCAUGAAGUCCUCAGACAAAGAAAAAAUUGGUGGAAAGAUGGUCGUUUCCAGUCAGAAUGGGUUGGUCCUUGUAUUAUAGAUUACAUCACAGAAAAUGGCUGUGCAAUAUUAAGAGAUGCCACAGGAUCCAGAUUGAAAAGGCCCAUCAAGAUGUCUCACCUCAAGCCAUACAUAAGAGGGUCCAAUGAAAAAGAUGACCACUACUUCUUACAAGGUGCAAUAGUUGUUGACCAUGACUACAUUGGCUUAUCUGAGAGAUCACAUAAUACAGGCCAGCAGGACCCUGCUGCUGGAGAGGACAUAAAUGCUUAUGUGAGAGGUGUCACAUCUGCUGUGCCAAUGCCACCUUCAGCCUGCAAAGACCGAGAAUCAGCUGAUGGCGGACAUCAGUCUGAGCUGACAGAGGAUCAUUAUUGUGUUGAACCAAACAGUGCAAAGCCAGAACAGUGGCCUUCACCUUGCUGGACGCUUCAGACCAAGAUGGAAGAUACUUAAACAGUCUCAUGGCAUUUCAUUGACAGACAGUAUGGAGCAUACCUGGCAGGCUGACAAAGUUCAAAUAGCUCUAAGUUUCUCAGCCAAAUCCACUUUGCUGUAUGAAUUUAACAACACUGAAGGUAUCCAGUUAUUAGUUUACAUGGGCAUUAAAAAGCAAUCACUCUGUUAACAAAUUGUAGGUGCAACCUGGUAAAAACACAUGCUCUACUGUAUGUACUUAAAAACAAGUAGAUGUCCUGUUAAUUUCAUUUAAUUUAAGCAGGCACGGAGAAGUAAGCAUUCAGUGACCAGUACUGUCACAACCUGGUAAAAGCACAUGUUCUCAUCAAGCCGUUGUAGUUCAGUUUCUAUUAGUAAAAUGAUUAUAGGGCCCAGCUCUCAGGAUACAACACAUUUCACUGUAAUGACCUUUUCGUUAGUUCUCAUAUGACUCAUUCCUAACAGGCAGAAGUGUUGUUGGAAGAAGAUAAUCUGAACAAUAGAAAUUCUGGCUUCCCUGUAGAAAGGCAAAGAAGCUGAUGUCUUCCUGUUUUAAAACUGGUUUUCGUUUUUCAUGAGAAGUUGCAAGCUCUGCUUUUUACAGCUUUAAAUUUAUACUCUAGUCUGCAGCUCAAAGCUGUCACAAAAGAAUAAAGCUGCCAAAAGUACAGGUAAUGUUUUGCAUAUGGAACAGUGAGGCCUUCAGCUGCUCCCAGCUCAUCAAAACUCUGCUAGGAGAGCAGUUUUAGUUCCUCACGCACGUGAAAAUCAUAAGAGCAGUCAGCAUUCACUUGUUCUUUCUUCACAAACAUCUGGUUUUUCUGAGUGAUCUAUCUUCCCAGAGCUAGCAUAGAUUGGGAGAUUUCUGCUGACAGUACCCAAGGAAAGGUGAAGAGUGGUGUUAUUUAUUCUCUGAAUUCAUUGAAUAAGUUGUUGCACGCCUGGACUUCCUGCCAAGAAGACUGUAUUUCAUGGUAAGAUUAAAAUGUGUCUGUUGCUAAAGUCAGCUGAGCAAAAACUUUCAUGUGGAAAACUGAUGAGUGCAAGCUGCUGCUUUUAUAGGGGAGUGACAGGAAGAGGAAGAAUGCUAGCAGGGGGCUGAAUUUAUAAAUGCAGCAGCAUCCAUUUGGUACUGCAGAAGACUUGCUUUUCCUGCUCUCUGAACACCUGCAUUCCUUACCAUCUCUGCUGCUGGAUAUCAUGUGGCAUUUAAUGCAGUUGGCUUUUAGGUUAAAGGGCUAGUUAUAAUGGUAGUCUUAGACAAAACCUGGAAGAAGAAAGUAUUUACUUAUUAAGGGCUUUCACUUAGGUGAAAAGACUGAUUAGAUACCUAACUCAUGUAGAAACUCAUACCUGUUACAUGGCACACCUGUGGCAGCAUGGUUCAGAGCUAUGUGAAAAAACAGCUGAGCACAGUAACAGUAUUCCAGGAUCUGAUCUUAAAAUCCAUCUAGAAAUGCUUUCUUUUCCCUGCAUAUGUUUUCCCUGUUGAGACUGUUUCAGGAGGCAGGUGCUAGGCUCACAGGGUAUGCUGGCAGAGCUCCGUUUGUUGUUCAUGCAGUUCCAUGGAGCUCUUUUCUGUGGUGGGUGCAUGGGGGAGUUCUGGUGUAACACAUGCUGUGUGCUCCUUGUAGCUACACUGGGGAGAAAUAAAGUGCUGAACUGACAGUGGAAUAGGAAAAACAGUAACCAUUUAACAGUCUGUGAAAUGAUGAUCAUUCAAGUUUCCUGGUAAUAGUGGUCUACUGCAUUAACAGGCGAGCAUUAGUGCCUCUUAGGUGCCCUGAAAUGAAGACUUCUAUGCACACAGGAGGUUUAUUGAGAAACAGAGAGGGUUUUCAAGGUAAUGAUUCGAAAAAAACAAUCACUGGAAACUGUGCAAAAGAGACCACCAGGAAACCUGAGACGUGGCAAAAAGCACACAGUGCUCUAGGAAACCAGAGGAAGCCUCCACCCUCACCCUGCCUGGGUAAAUGGUGCACAGCGCACAGUUGUCAGCAUGGUGAGCAGAAACUUGCUCUAUAAUUGCACAAGUGCCCAUCUUCAACCAGGCAUGAGGGCCUGUUUUAUGGUGGGACAGUAGCAAAAGACUACUGAAGUAUUCUUAGAAAUUCCGUUUUUUUAAUAGAGUUUGUGCCCCCUCGUGGCAAGUUGUGCAGGAAGAAGGAAUAAAUAGGAGAGCGCAGCAUGAAAUAAUAGCCAGUUUGCUUAUACCUCCCAGCAUGUUUUUCCUUCUGGUUUGCUUCUGGCACCAAUUAUCAGCUAGCAAUUAGUUAGAUGAAAAACACGUCAAGGAAAAAAGAAAAAAAAAAAAAGAAGAAGAAAAUCAGUUUGCUGGUGAAAAGCCUCUAUAUGAACACUCAAAGUGUUUUAGUAUUGAAUGAUAAACCAUAUCUCAUAUUUGAAUGCUUCCUGAACUCUUGUGUAGCAUUUGCUCAUUCUGUGCUCCUGUGUUCCAGCUUUAGACAAUACUUGACAUUUUGAAGUUUUUCCCUCCUUCUCCCAAGAACUGAAUGUUCCCUGUUGAAGGACAGCAAUGAGUCAUGAGCUGCUUUUCACAGCAAGCCGCUGACAAAUCUUCUGGAAAGGCCAUUUUUGAGAAAUAGAUGAAUUUCCUUUGCUCACUGCAGUGCAACAUCCGUAUCCAUGACCUUUUGUGGCAGACAUCAUUACUCUAAUGACACAGCAUCAGAAUCUGUUUGCACAGUUGCCUCUUUGAUAUUUUCAAACCAGGAAAUAAAUAAUAAUAGGAUAUAUAUUCUUUUUCAUUAUGGCUCUUAAAUGGAUGUUUUCAGCUAACUCAUUGGGCUAACUAGAGCUGAAACACACAAGCACUGCACUCUCACCAGGGAGCAGAAACUCUGCACAGAGGAUGCUGUUUGCAUGUGAAUCCAACAGAAGUCAGUAAUACCAGACAAUUAGAAGGUUGAAUAAGUAAAUGGGAAUUAUUAGCAGCAUUUUCAGGAGAUGAUGGCUAAUAUUACUUCUUUUUACACCUAGUAGAUAACCUACGGGCCUACUAUGGAAAUCUUGGUGUGUAGACAUUUAUGAUCAUAGAAUCACAGAAAGGCUUGGGUUGGGAGGCACCUUUAAGAUCAUCCAGUUCCAACCCCCUGCUAUGGGCAGGGACACCUCCCUCUAGACCAGGCUGUUCACAGCCCCAUCCAGCCUGGCCUUCAACACACCCAGGGAAAGGGUAUUCGCAGCCCCACUGGGCAAUCUGUUCCAGUGUCUCACCACCCUCACAGUAAAGAAUUUCUUCCCAAUAUCUGGUUUUAACCUGCCCUCAUCCAGUUAAAAACCAUCAUCUCCCCUCCUCCUGUCUCUACCUGCCCUUAUAAGAAGUCCCUCCCAGCAGGCGUCCUUCAGGUACUGGGAGGUCACUUCAAGGUCUCCCUGGAGCCUUCCCUGAGAGAGCCCCAGCUCUCUCAGCCUGUCAUGAUGAAGAACAGUGCACAGUAAGCUUUAAUUUGGCAUGGGAGCCUCUUUGGAAAGAAGUAACAGCAAACCAGGCAGAAACUUUAUUUUAAAACCUCUUACUCAGGAACUGCCUGAGAGCUGUGUUCCCCAGCGAGUUCCCCUUUCCUCCCAUCUGCUUCUACACAGUCCAAUACUGCAUUUACAAGUGUUAGCACACAGAAGGCCAUGCUCCAGUUGAGGGCACUGCCUGCUGGUUUGUCCUGCUGGAGAAGGUGUUACUGCAGCUUCCAAGAAUGGGUCUGGAAGUCCUUCUGUCUGGAUACAGCCCUGAUGGUGGGGAAGGGGCCUGCAGGAGCCAUGCUGCCUUGGUAGCAGAAAAUAGGUGGGCUGAGAGCAGACUGUAGGUAGGACGGCAUUCCCAGCUGCAGACUGUGCUGCCCCACUGUGGGUUGCCAACGUGAUGGCCCUGAAAUCAUGUGGAUAAAGCUUUCCAUAAUUUACCAGCUGUUAUUCAGGUGAGCCUUUUCUGGGUGCUCAGUAGGAAUCACCAAGCUUUGAUCUGCAGAAGGGGAGUACUCAGAGCUUCAGCUGAGAGCCUUGCAUGUAUAAAAUGAUAUCCAAGUGGGUUGAAAGGGAAUAAAUCAGAUUACAUAGA